AUGGUUGACGGCGUCUCGGCUUCUGUUCCUCUGAAUGAAGGAAGCAAACUUUCAGAGUUGUUGUCUAUUGGGGAAGAUUCUGUUCCAACUGAUUUGACUGUUUCCGUGAGUGUACCAAGUCAAGAUCAAGAAAUCAGUGAAAUAUCGUUAAUUGUAGACGGCGAAAAAAAAUCCCAACAAGAACAGUACUACCAGGAAGUUGUGAAACGUUUGCGUAUUGAACUUCAAUUACAAAAGUUGUCUGUGUCGAAAAAAGAUGUAGAAACCGAAAGAAUUCUGGCAGACAAGCAACAGGAAAUCGAAUUGUUAAAACAGCACGUUAACCUGUCUCACAGAGAAAAUGAGACGCUAAAAAAGGAGAACAACUCACUAUCACAAAACAUUGUGGAUUUACAAACCAAGAAUUUGAGAUUAUUGUCAGAAAAUCAGGUGCUUGAAGAGGUUACUGCUAAGACAAAGGAAAUUGUUAACGAGCUGGAGAAAAGAAUAACAGAACUGACUGUUAAGCACCAGCGAGCCCUAAACUUCAUUGAAAAAGAUGAUGAAAUCACUUUCGAUGAAUUUGAACGUUUAAGGGCCAAUCAAAACGUUCUCCUCGUAAAGUCACAGACGCUUGAUCGAGAAAAUGAAUCGUUGCGGAAAUCUGCAGAAAAAUGGAAGAAGAAAUUCACUAAAUUAAGAGAUCAAUACGAGAAUCGUUUACAAGAUGAAGUCGGAAAGCUCCGACAGUCACUACAAAGACAAAUCCAGAUGUUGCGGUCUUCAGGCAAAGAGGCUUUGGAAUCUAAGUUGCUGGAAACCGAGCAACGUCGUGACAAGGCUAUGAAAGAAAUUAAUUAUUGGAGAAAUAUGAGCGAAAAGCUGAAAUCAAAGAUACGGGAAUCUGAGGUUAACGAGGACAAAAGGCGCCUUCAACUCGAGGAGGUGGAGUCCAAAAAGAAUGAGCUUGUCCAACAUUUAAGCAUCCUCGCAUCCACCAAAUCGAGGUUGGAAAAGGAACUGAACGAGAAUAAACGAAAAUCUGAAGCUAGUAUCGAAAAUUUAAAGCAGGAUAUCAGUGAGCACGAGAAACGGACACAGCAAUACCAGCUCCGCAUUGAGAGCCUGACGAAAAGUCUUAAUGAAUACGAGGAAGCGUUUUUAGCCAUUUACGGUGUAGAUGAACAAUCAAAUCGUUGGCCACCGUUACUAAAAAUACAGUCGCAACACAUCUCUCGCAUUUCCAGACGAGUGACCCAGCUUGAAACAGAGAACAGCAUCCUCCAAAAACAACAAAAUGUUUUAGCAAAAAAAAUACACCAGCUAGAAAAUGAGCUCGAAUCAAAAGAUAAAAUGCUAUCGCAGAUACAAGAAAGGGCACCCGAAACCGUUGGACUUUUUCGGGACAAAGACACCCUUUUGCGUGAACUGCGCUCCCAAAUAAAUCGUAAGGAUUUGCAGUUGAUGGAGUACGCGUGUCAGGUGGAACGCUUGAAAAGAACUAGAAACCAACUCGCAUCGGAUUUGGAAGAAGUUCUCCGUGAUCGCACUGCGCUAGAGGACGUGAAAAAUAUGUUAAAACAACAGAAAAGCGUUGAGAACGAGGAUUGACCUUUAUAAAUUAAAUACGAUUAUGUCGUAUUGCAUAACUCUCUUUAUUGGUGGACUGGUAUAACUCCGACGAGAUGGCAUUCGAUUCAACUGGAGCCAUUACUCGCAAACAAUAUUUAAUGGCUUGGAAAUUCAUCGUCAGCACAUUCCGACCGCUGCCGGAACCACGAGUAUUUGAGUUUUAAGUAAUACGUCAAACCCUUUGUGUAGGACACAGACCCGGGGCCACUGCAAGUCGAGCAGUAUUUCGGAAAGUUUAAGGCCAAGAUCGUUACAGCUGCUUCCUAUCACACAAAUGAUCUUGCCACGGGCCUUCUCCAGUUGUUCCACUUGCUCGCACGGUAUAAGAGUUCGAUCCGUUGUCCAACAAGUCUGAUAGGGGAGAUUUAUACUACCUGGUACCGCUCCAUGUUGAAAUCUGAAACGAGGAUUUAGUUUUAGUAAGGCUGUUACCGAACAUAUAUUAAAUAAACUUACUUGUUGGCGUUUCUAACAUCAACAACUACCA